AUGACGUCUAAAUUCAUAUGUGCCAACUGGGGCUCUGAGUACUCUACAUGCAAGAAAGAAGGCAAAUAUGCGUGCAAAAACUGCCUCCUUGUCAACUACUGCGGCCGAGCAUGUCAGAGGUCUCACUGGCCUCGACAUAAGAACGACUGCAAAUCGAUCCUGGGUAAGGGAACAUGGCAGCCAGACUGGGUCAUCCAGAAGAGGACCCCUGCUUUCGCGGGCAGUCGUACUCGGGUGUUUGGAGGCACGAAGAGCCUCUGGGGUAGCACGCCGGCAUUGGACAUUCUGCAAUUGCCAGCCAAUGAGGGUGACAACUACGAUAAGGAUCUGAGUCUGUUAUUCGAAGCUUCAGGAGACCUGCGCAACGUCAUCCAAACGGUCGCUCGCCUCCCAAGCAGUUACAACCGCAGUCUCCACAUAACCAUGAAUGACAUCGACUUUGAUAUCGCGGCUCGCAAUGCUCUCAUGCUUCUGAUUGCUCUGUCACUCCCAAACCGUGAAGACAGUAUUGAUUGCAUUAUCCAUUUGUGGUACUCGGCGCUGGUGCGCGAGUCAGACAUCUCGAUCCUCACCAACCACAUCCACCCUCUGGUUGAAGGGAUCUGCAGGUUGCUCAAGUACACACCAGCCGGAAGCCUGUGCUCUAAAAAAUGGACCUUUGGAUCGCGUUCCCUCAAGGUUAUUCUGGAGCGGGAGGCGUGGUUCCGUCUGCUGUCUCUCUGCACCGCGCCGGUUGGUUUGACUGCCGAGCAGGCACAGAAGCUUGGCACAGACAUUACUCUUGCAGAAUCAAGGACAGACUAUCGUCAUCGACAGAUGAUGUUUCUUCCGCCGACUGAACGAAUCGCCUUCCACAGAUUCCGGCAGGAUGGCCUGCUGCUUCCUUUCGGCCAUCCGCGUCGUGAAUUUGUGAAGCCGAACCCGACAUUCUUUCAGUCCGCAGAUAGAUGGCCUAUGAGCGAUAAUGCCGACCCCAUGCAAGGCUGGUCUCUCGAAAAAGUCCUAGAUACAUCCAGUGGAGCUGCCACCGCCGACUACUACGGCAAGCUCUAUUUCCAUCUUCGCGAACUGCUUGGUGCCUUUCUGGAUCGAACCGCCGGUGCGCAGAUCUCCUUUCAGAUCUGCAAUCUUGAUUCCACACGACUGUGCUCGCUUCUACGUCAUCACUCUUUCAGCCGAAUUGAUAUCUCCAACACCCCAGAUAUGAGCUGGAGAGGCACCUACCGCCUCUUGCGCCGUAUAGCGCCCUUGCUUCGCUCUCCUUCCCAAAACCCGCACGCCGUGCUCAUCAGUCGAUUCAAGAAGGUAUCUCCAGAUACAUUGAACGCGAACGACCAAGUGCGCAAUUUGAUUCAUAACUGCCAAUCUAGAGAGCGAAUCCUCGCUCACUUACAGCCCAACGCAGUGCCCGAUUCACCCUAUGAUGUCUAUGUGAUCAAGCACGGCCUCGCCCGGCAGUUGGUGGCCUCGUACGAUCAAGUUCUCCAAUGUUUCCUCAAAUGGCUUCGAUCCCCGGGAGCGGGGCAAGCUUUGGGAAUCAAGAUAAAAGAACGACACACUGUCGUUGAGAAAUGGCCUUACCGGUUGAAACUCCGGCCUGGAGAACCCGAUGCGCAGAUGGAGUUUGAUCGGUUUUUGAGGCAGGGUUUGUCGGGGAAGGAACGGUAUGUUGAGUGGAGGAAAUUUGAGGUGGCAUAG